AUGUUGACACAAGAAGAUGUAUCUGAAGAGAGGGUUGAUACCAAUGAUGAAGUGGAAACUCUACAAAAUAGUUUCCUUGAGGCUGUUCAUGAUGACAACAUUCAACCAAAGAUGCAGUGCCUAAUGAUGGACUCAUCCUUCUCCAUGGUAACCAUGCAAGGGGAAGACAGUGCGCAACAGAAAGCAGCGUCACUUCAGAAGGUUAGCCUCGACUUGGCACCUCUCACUCCUGUUGACGUACAAGAGGAGAUGGAAGCUUGCGCAAAGGAAGAGCGUGAGGAAGAGAAAGAAACGGCUUCUCCGACCGAGACAGCUGAUGAGGGUGAUGGGGACGAGACCAACAAGACCUGCAGCGAGCCCGCCCCUGCACAAAACACAGCAGCUUUUGAUGAAACAAUUGAUACAUGCAAUAAGCCCGAAACAAAAACUAUAAAGACCGAAGACAGAAGACCGACGUGCUUACGUUGCCGUCGCCCUGUGAAGGUCUGUCUCUGUCCCUUUCUUCCACAACAACCCCUUGAUGUGUCCACGUCUUUAUAUAUAGUGCAACACCCCAAUGAAGAAAGCCGAGUUCUUCGCACUGUGCCUCUUCUCGCUGCUUGUUUGCCUCAAAGUAAAUGUAAUGUCAUAGUUGGAAGGAGAUUCGGCGAAGAAAGAUAUCCAGACCUGGCAGCAAUUUGUCAAGACAGUAAAACAUUAAUCCUGUACCCUGGACCAAAUGCUCAGAAUCUGGAGGAACUGGAUGAAGAGAAAAUAAAUACACCACAUAAUCUUAUUCUCAUUGAUGGUACUUGGAGCCAAGCUAAAAACAUGUUUCUCAAAAACAGUAUGUUCCAUUUGCCCAAACAGGUACAGCUCAACAGAGUCCGUUCAAGUCAGUAUGUGAUUCGGACUCAGCCCUCCAAUAUUUGUCUCUCCACACUUGAAUGUGCUGCUAUCACUCUGUCCAUCCUGGAACGUAAUGAUAACAUUCAAGAGGUCCUGUUGAGGCCGUUAAGAGCCCUCUGUUCUUUUCAGUUGCAACAUGGGGCUCAGAUUCAUCACAGUAAGGAACAUCUUCUUAAGACUGGCCUGUAUGACAAACCCAUGCCCAAGAAUAAACGCAAGAUAAAAAGGAUGGAAAAACUCGUCAAUGAUGAUCAUAUCUGUCCCAGAUGA